CAGCCCUCAGCCACACGUGUUGUCAUCGCAUGGAAGUCACUCGGAGUAAAUAGCAGCUGCAAGCCGAUAAACUUUAGGGUUUGAAGAAAAAUGUCUUACAGAGGAGGUGGUGGACGAGGAGGCAGAGGAGGUGGAUUUAACCGAGGUGGAGGAUUCAGAGGAGGAGGAGGAGGAGGAGGAAGAGGUGGUGGAUUUGGACGUGGUGGCGGCAGAGGCGGUUUUAAUAGACAACAAGACUACGGUCCUCCAGAAUAUGUCGUCGCACUGGGAGAGUUUAUGCAUCCAUGUGAAGACGACAUUGUGUGCAAGUGUACAACAGAGGAAAACAAAGUUCCCUACUUCAACGCCCCAGUGUACCUGGAAAACAAGGAGCAGAUCGGGAAGGUGGAUGAGAUUUUCGGCCAGCUCCGGGACUUUUAUUUUUCAGUCAAACUGUCUGAAAACAUGAAGGCAUCUUCAUUUAAGAAAAUGCAGAAGUUUUAUAUAGAUCCAAUGAAGCUCCUCCCGCUGCAGAGAUUCCUCCCCAGGCCGCCAGGAGAGAAGGGUCCACCAAGAGGAGGCCGAGGUGGUAGAGGUGGAGGAAGAGGCGGUGGUCGUGGAGGCGGUUUCCGAGGGGGCCGCGGUGGAGGAUUUGGAGGCGGCCGCGGCGGAGGAUUUGGAGGUGGACGAGGUGGAGGAGGAGGUUUCAGAGGGAGAGGUGGAGGAGGACGAGGAUUCAGAGGUGGGAGAUGAUCUGACAGCAAUGGUGUGGUGUGAUGGUCUCCUGCCUGUCCUGUGCUACACAAGCAAGAAGGCUGUGCCACUGCCUGGCCUGUUGGACUCAGAGUAUGGACAUUGCCUCUGUUCAGAGAACUUGAAUGGAUUUUCCCUUUUUUGUUCUAUUUUUGUACCAGUUUUGAAAUAUGAUGGAUGAUUUUUAUUUAAAAGGUUCUCAUGUAUGCCUGUGUGUUACAUAACAGGGACCUUUCAGCCUGUCAGGGAGAGUUACUCUGUCCCUUUGAACAUUCACAAACCUCUGUGUAUUCAUCUCCUCUGAUGUGGCAAUUCGGGAAAAUAUGUGGGGAAAUCAGAAUUUAUAUGCUGUUAGUUAAAACAUUUUAAUACCCAUAAAUUGUAAAAUCUUGAGCAGAAUGUUGCCACAUUUUUGUUGAAGGCCUUGAUUAAAAGGUGCUUUGUAGUGUA